AUGGGGCAAGAAGAAAUAAGUGAAGUGAUGGGCAGAACAGUGAACAAGGUGGAGGGAGCUGGAACCAGGUCUCAUGUACUUGAGUAUAUGAUGCGUUCUGAUGAGAAAUAUUGUUCAUGUAAGUUGUGCCCAACGAGAUGCUACCUGGAGCUAAUUUGCUCCAUAAUUUUGUGUCAAUCUGUCAGACCCAAUGUUUACUUUCAAUCUACUUUCUCUUUCUGCUCUUCAGUGGGGAAUUGCAAAACUGCGUGGUUUGACCGUGAUAACCCAUCAGGAAAUGGAGAUUAUGAAAUCUUCCCCAAUCUGCGAACUGAGAAUCCCGGUCAGAUCUGCACGGAUCCAAUCGCCUGUGAGGUGGAGACAACGUCAGGGAUUCCGGCCUCACAGACUGGAGAGAACAUUGCCAGUUGCAACGUUUCUACUGGAUUCUUUUGUGUGAACAGCAACCAACGUGAUGGCUCAUGUCAAGAUUACAGAAUACGAUUCACCUGCCCUGAUUUCUUUUGUGGUGUAACCGGACCUCCUGUGGGGAAUUGCAAAACUGCGUGGUUUGACCGUGAUAACCCAUCAGGAAAUGGAGAUUAUGAAAUCUUCCCCAAUCUGCGAACUGAGAAUCCCGGUCAGAUCUGCAUGGAUCCGAUCGCCUGUGAGGUGGAGACAACAUCAGGGAUUCCGGCCUCACAGACUGGAGAGAACAUUGCCAGUUGCAACGUUUCUACUGGAUUCUUUUGUGUGAACAGCAACCAACGUGAUCGCACAUGUCAAGAUUACAGAAUACGAUUCACCUGCCCCGAUUCUUUUUGUGGUGUUACCGAACCUCCGGGUGAGUAUCUCGCUCCCAUGAUAAAGAGGGCAAUGUUAACAGUAAUAUGA